GAAACGACAUAACUACCAACGUGGUGCCGACAAAGACCGACACAGUAGUUGUCAAACAUUGGCAAACGCAUAAAAAUAACAGGAUUUAUUUUUCAUUCACACGCUUAUCCUUCUCCCGAAUUCGCUUUGAAAGGGAAGGGCCUGAAUUUAAGUGCAAUUUAACUUAAGGAAAAUCGGGAGUGAUGGCUGCGGCGGUUAAAAGUGCCACCAGUAGGUUUUCGAUUUUGUCGAGUUUGAAAAGGCUAGCCCCCAGGACCUACUACACGUACACCAAUGAGCCCGCACAACCCAUCCAGGGAAAAGAGCCCAGAUGGACCACCCUAGAGUCGGCCUUCGAAGACCUAAAGUCGGGUCAAACCGUGUUCGUGCAAGGAGCCGCCGCCACUCCCGUGGACCUGGUCAACGCAAUGACGGCCCACGGGAAAGCCAACAACCUCAAAGAUAUUACGGUUUGCCACAUGCACACUGAAGGGCCCGCGUCGUACUGCGACCCUUCGUGCGAUGGGAUUUUCAGGUCGUUCUCGUUUUUCAUGGGCGGGAACGUAAGGAAAGCCGUGGCUGAAGGUAGAGGCGACUGUUUGCCCAUUUUCCUCUCGGAAAUCCCGCUGUUGUUUUAUAAGAAGAUCUUCCAGCCCGAUUUCGCAGUCAUUCACGUGUCGCCGCCAGACGAACACGGCUACUGCAGCUUGGGGACUAGUGUCGACUGCGUCCGGGCCGCAAUGACCAACUCCAAAUCGAUAAUCGCUCAGGUCAACCCCUGCAUGCCUCGAACCUUCGGCGACGCCAUCAUCCACGUGAGCCACAUCGACGUGGCCGUCAAAGUCAACACCCCUCUACCUCAGCACGGCGGCCGUCCCCCUACCGACGUCGAAUCCAAGAUCGGCCAGCUCAUCGCCGAGAACCUGGUGGAAGACGGCGCGACUUUGCAGAUGGGCAUCGGAAACAUUCCCGACGCAGUUUUGGCUGCUCUAACCAACCACAAGGACCUCGGUAUCCACUCGGAGAUGUUCGCCGGGGGGGUGGUGGACCUGGUGGAGAAGGGCUGCGUCACUAAUAACCGUAAAACGAUGCAUAAGGGACGCAUCGUGGGGUCGUUCCUAAUCGGCACCCAGAAGUUGUACGACUUCGUGGACAACAACCCCUUCAUCGAGAUGCUCGUCAUCGAUUACGUCAACAAUACAAAGAUCGUGGCGCAGCAGCCGAAGAUGACCGCUAUCAACUCGUGCAUUGAGGUCGAUUUGACGGGACAAGUGGUGUCGGAUUCGAUCGGGACGAGGAUGUACUCUGGGUUCGGGGGGCAGGUUGAUUUUAUCAGGGGGGCGGCGGAGGGGCUGGAUGGGUUAGGAAAGCCGAUUAUUGCCUUACCGUCCUCGACUAACAAAGGGGAGAGUAAAAUAGUGCCGUUAAUUAAACAAGGCGCUGGGGUCGUCACAUCGAGGGCGCAUGUGCACUACGUCGUCACCGAGUAUGGAAUAGCCUACUUGUUCGGAAAGUCCUUGCGUCAGAGAGCGCACGAGCUGAUUUGCAUCGCCCACCCGAACCACCGAGAAGCCUUAGAGAAGGCUGCGUUCGAGCGCCUAAAAGUAAUGCCAAGUCCUUGAACAUGCUAUUUUCAAUUCCACGCAUUGUUUUGUACCUAAAUCUACGCAAAUUUAAUAAGUUGUGAAAGCUAUAAGUCUAACGUUUUUAAUAAGUUUUUAUUAAAAGUCGGCAAAUAUUUGUACACUGUUAAAAGUUAAUAAAAAUUGCAACACA